UCACUGCGACAAAUUUCGCGUUCCAAUCGAUUUUAUUGUUUAAAUAAUUUCUAGUUAUCGUGUAAAAUAAAUAAUUAUUUGAAUUUGAAGUUUUUAUUUAUCGAGUCGUUAUGAGUUUUCAUUGGUAACGAAUAGUGAGUGAUAAAAAGUUUUAAAUGCUCAGUGUUUUCAGUGAAAUGAAAAGUAAAUUUUGAAUAAAUAUAUGAUUCAUGAAUUCCCGCGUUUUUAGUAUAUGUAAAUAACAUACGUUUCGUGGUCUUGCUCAGUUGUGCACGUGGAUCGAUUGUGUUAAGACGUGUGUGUACAAAUAAACCCAAUUUGACAGUAAAAAAUAAUAAAUUAUUUAUUUUUAUUCGGUUUACUUUUACGAUGAUAAAAAUUAUCUGUUAGACAAUAUGGCGACUUCUUCCCGCCAAGAAAUAAAAAUUAAAUCGACUAAACGGAUUUCAUUGGGAUAAUUUAUUAUUUAAAUUUACUGAAUUUUAGCUUUCAAUUAUUCGAAAGUAAUGGUGUCAUGAGGACUAAUUUUUUGCUGUCACUUAAAUAUUUAAGUGAUUGUUGACCUUAUUGAACGUGUAACAUCUCAUCGUCGCGAUCGCGCUUUCACCCGUUCCCUCAUUUCCUUUUUUAUUAUUUUUAAUACCAUCGGUUUACCUUAAUAGUGAUGUAACUACUUAAUUAAACUUCCGUACUCUUUUUUUUAUUGUUUACUUUGUUAUUUAUUUAUCGACAAAUGUAAUUUUAUAACCGCCAACUUGUGAGUGCUCCAAGUUUUACUGUCACGACAAUUGUUUUUGACGUAUCAUUAUUUUUAUUAUUUACAUAAACAACAAGAUAUGGAAAAAAAUCAAGCGACCAUGUCGUCAAUGCCUGGUCCAGCAGUACCGGGUGGUUCAGAUUCAGGAGUUGGAGCAUCAGCACCUCCACCACCACUUCCACCGUCAUAUGAAGAAGCUAUGGCGCAAUCAAUGACCAUGCCAAAUCCUCAAAUGGGAUCUAUAAAUGUCUUGCCGUAUCCUGGAGAUUCCCGCGUACCUUUAAACAGCCCCUAUAUACAACCGACUGUUCAAAUGCCACAACCAAGUCACGUUGAUGGUCCAGGUCCUUAUGAUUAUCAACCUCCACGGAGUUUACCUCCAUCGUAUCCAAUAACAUCUGAGAUACGAGUGGUUCGUCCAACUGGGACAAACACAUUAGCAUCCAGUCCUGUUAAAAUGCAGUGUCCUUCUUGUCUGACUGAUAUUAAAACAUCAACAGUAUCUGAUCAUCAACCUAUGGCUCACAUAUGCUGUCUUAUUCUCUGUAUUCUUGGAUGUUGCUUAUGCUCAUGUUUGCCGUACUGUACAAAUUAUUUCAUGACAGUACAUCAUUUCUGUCCACGAUGUAAAAUUUAUAUCGGCACGUGGAAGGGUUUUGAACCGUCAAGACGAUUAAUGGCAGUCAGGGUUUAAAAAUAAUAUUAUUUACUAUUAAAUAUAAAUAUAUCUUCGUCUAUAACUCUAAUUAUUGUACUAAAAAAAAAAAUCUAAAUAAUUAAAAUGUUGUAUUUUUGUUAAAAAAAAAGAAAAAAAAAAAAAUCUAAAGUCCGUCGUUUGAUAAUUGAAUCAACGAUGUUUAUAAUAAAUUAUAUGUCUUUGCUAGAGUUGCUAUGACCGUGACAUGAGAUAAACGCUUUACUUGAAAGGUGUAAUGCAAUUUAAGAAAGAGAAAAAAUAUAAUUAUAAUUAUAAUAAUAAUAAUUUUAAUCAAUCGAUAUAUUUAUAUAUUUUUCUCCACAAUUACGAUGCUUUUAUUCCAAUGAUAAUAAGUUUAUAAUAUUUCCAUGUGACUAUAAGUUUACUUUUGAUUACAAUAAUUUUAAUUAUUGUUUGAUAUUUUCAUUUGUACAAGCUUAAUAUAAUCACGUAGCAGUAUCACUAUUAUCAUCAUUAAAAUUUAAUAGCCAUCGUAAUACAUAUAUUAGUAAUUAAAAAUUUACAUAUACAUUAAUUGUUGUCGGAUCAAUUGCGUAUUAUUAAAU